UCCCGUCAGCAUGGCCCGCUCCCGGCCGCUCCGCUCGCCGCCGCUGGUCCCGGCGCUGGCGCUGGCGCUGGUGCUGGCGCUGACAGCCAGCCCCAGCGCGGCGCGUGUGCACGUGCAGAGUCUGCCGGCCGACGCUGGCCGGCCGGCCGGGCAGGGUGUCGGCGGUGAGGACUACCAGGGUCACCAGGUGCUCAAGGUGUUCGUGGCCAACAACGGCACCCUGGAUCUGCUGCGCAGCUUCGAGGGCAACCCAGAUGUGGACUUUUGGACGCCGGCGAGCGGCCUGAACCCCACCGUAGACGUCCUGGUGGCCCCCGAUGUGGGCCGCCGGCUGAAGCAGGAGCUGACACGCUCCGGGGCCUCCUACACCGUCAACAUUGAGGACGUGCAGGCGGCCGUGGAGGAGGAGAGCCCCGUCAUGUCUGACACGGAGCGGGAGCUGCUGGUGGGUCGCAGCGGUCACCCGCUGACCUGGACGGCCUACCACUCGGCGGACGACCACCACCAGUACAUGGACUUUAUCGAGCAGAACUACAAGGGACUCUGCGAGACGUUCAGCAUCGGCACCAGUACCGAGGGCAGAGACCUCAGGGGCGUCAAGUGCGGCCUGGGAAAGCGCGAGGUCUGGAUUGACGGAGGUAUCCACGCUCGCGAGUGGGUGUCGCCGGCCGUCGUCUCCUGUCUGAUUCGGGAGUACUCCCAGCGCUCCGUCAACCACCAGGACCUGUUGAGGAAGCACACCAUCUACAUGCUGCCCAUCCUCAACCCGGAUGGCUACGAGUACACUCGCAGCGGCGGCAGGCGCCGUCGCUUCUGGAGAAAGACGCGGUCUCGUAACCCGGGCAGUAGCUGUAUUGGAGCCGACCCUAACCGAAACUUCGACGCCCACUGGGGCGAAACGGGCAGCUCGAUGGACCCGUGCAGCGACAUUUACGCCGGCUCACGGCCGUUCUCUGAGCCGGAGACCCGCGCUCUGCGUGACUUCCUGCUGGGACGCGUGCACGCCAUGAAGAUGUACAUCUCCUUCCACAGCUACUCGCAGAUGCUGUUCGUUCCGUACGCGUUCAGCAAGGAGCGUCCGGCCGACUACAAGGAGCUUCUCCGCGUGGCCAAAGCCGGGGAGAAGGCUAUCCGCCGCACCUCCGGCAAAGCCUACCGGGUGGGCCAGGCCUCGCAGCUGCUGUACGAGGCGGCCGGCGGCUCGGACGACUGGGCCAAGUCCAAGGCCGGCAUCAAGUACUCGUUCACGUUCGAGCUGCGCGACAAGGGCCGACAGGGCUUCCUGCUGUCCGCUAGCCAGAUAGAGGACACGUGCACCGAGAUUGUGGCCGCCGUCGAUACCAUGAUCACCACGAGUGCUGAACUGGACGACAAAAAUGAUGAAGAUAGCGACUUCAGUGGGUACCAGGUGCUUCGGGUGCUGGUCAUCCGGAGGGAUACUGCGGAAAUCUUACGGAGCUACCAGGACCGGCCAGGUGUUGACUUUUGGACGGAGCUCAGCGACCGGGCCGGGCCCGUGGACGUCAUGGUCUCCCCCGACGUGGGCCGCCAGCUGAAGGAGGAGCUGACCCGCUCCCGAUCGUCGUACGUCGUCAACAUAGAGGACGUGCAGGAGGUGGUGAACGCAGAGCACCCGACGGCCCCGCACGCCGACAUCGGCUUGACGGCUCGCAGCGCGUUCUCUCUGACCUGGAGGAAGUACCACCGGCUGGCCGACCACCAUCAGUACCUGGACUUUGUGGCAGAUAGCUACAGCCGGCUCUGCCAGACGUUCAGCAUCGGACGCAGCUCCGAGGGACGAGACAUCAAGGGGAUCAAGUGCGGAAAAGGAAAACGGGAGAUCUGGAUCGACGGCGGCAUCCACGGUCGGGAGUGGAUCUCGCCGGCCGUGGUGUCCUACCUGAUCCGAGAGUUCUCCGAGCGGGCGCACCUGCACGAGCACAUCCUGGGCAACUUCACCAUCUACAGCGUGCCCGUCCUCAACCCCGACGGAUACGAGUUUACCUACACGGAGUUCCACAGCUGUACAUUCAACAUACACUUCAACAUGACGAGCAAGGAGAGCCGCGCGCAAUGUGGAAAGAAGAACCGCUUCUGGAGAAAGACUCGCUCAAAGAACUGCAACUCGAAGUGUAUUGGCGUGGACGCAAAUCGCAACUUCGAUAUCUACUGGGGAAAGGUGGGCGUUUCGAGAGACCCGUGCAGCGACAUCUACGCCGGACCGAGACCUUUCUCCGAGCCGGAGACCCGAGCCGUCAGACGGUUCAUUCUCAGCCACGCCGGAAAACUGGAAAUGUUCCUCACCUUUCACAGCUACUCGCAGCUGUUGCUGCUGCCGUUCGGCUACAGCGAGGAGCGGCCGCCCGACUACUCGCAGUUACUGACUGGUCUGUCCAUCGAGGAGCGGCCACCCGACUACUCACAGCUGCUGCGGGUGGCCAAGCUGGGUCGGCAGCGCAUCUUCAGCGCCUCCGGCACGUGGUUCAAGAUCGGCCAGCCGUCCCAGCGUCUGUACCCCGUGUCGGGUAUCUCGCAGGACUGGGCCAAGGCCCGCGCCGGCGUCAAGUACUCGUACUCGCUGGAACUGCGCGACCGCGGCAAGUACGGCCUGCUGCUGCCCGCCAGCCAGAUCGAGCCCAGCGGCAAGGAGAUGGUCGAGGGCGUCACGGCCAUGAUCGAGGAGAUCCUCUGA